UGCCCGCUUUAAAUUGAUGUACUAGCUAGAUAGAAUAGUUCAGAAGCUUGCAACAUGACUUCCAAGCUAAUUUAGCUCAAUCUGGCAAUCUAACAAAUAUUAUUAUUAAACAGCACUGAAGGUAAUUAAUUAAUUAAUUCCAGCAAUCAUAAAGAAAAGUGACAUGGAUUAUCCGCUACGGCUUGGUUAUUCGUUUUCAAUUAUUUUAUCAGCUAGCAGCUUCGCUAUCCAACUCGUAUCUAGCUAGCCACACUGAAAACAGAUAUAAAGUUACUUAGCUAAAUACAAGACGUUAAGUGUAAAUGUUAUGCUCGCAAAGCAUAUCUUACAUUGUUUAACGUUUUUGAACACCAGAGACUUUGGAAACGUCUAACUUGCACUGUGCACGUAUACAGCACUCUGCAAACUCCUCGAGCUAGCUAACUUAGCUAGGUAACCCUAUAAAAAGUUAGGAUUCUUUGCUAUUUAGCAUUGGCCACUUAAGGUUGGAUAACGAUAACGUUGCAUACUAUAAUCUUCCGUUUAUUGGCAGCUGAUAAAUAAUUUGCACAGUCGCCGAUCAACGUAUUAGCUAGCAACAAUUUAACGCAAAUCCCUACGAAUAUACCGGUAUGUCCGGUUUUGAACUGGAGUCUGUGGACGGUGGUACUUCCAUACCACUACCCGAGGGAGAAACACCGCUCGGAAGAGGUCCAUUUCUUGGGGUCAGCGAUAAACGGGUCUCCAGACAUCAUGGUCUACUGGACAUCACCGACGGCCAGCUGCGCAUUAAACCUACCCAUCAGAACCCCUGCUUUUACCAACCGUCGCUGGGGGAUCCCCCGGAACCGCUGGAGAACGGCCGCUGGCACGACCUUCGACCCGGCAAUGUUUUCUCCCUCCUCCCCGGGAAGUACGUCUACAGGGUGGUGUCCGUCAACGUGGAAGGCACCCAGAGCAACAGCCAGGUUUUAGAAGAGGAUGAGCCCCCUGCAGACGUGGCCCCCGGCCCCGCGAAGGCUAAGGAGGAGCAGCUGCGUUCCCCCGAGCUGAACGGGCAGAGUGGGCCCACCCCAAACAACUCCCAGACCCUCCAGGCCGAGUCCACGGCUGCCCGCCCGCCGGAGAAAGAGCAGGAUGGCAAAAUGGAAGAGAACACUGUGACCAAGGGGCAGGAGCAGGGGAGGAGGGAGCUAGCGCUAACCCCAGAGCCGGUGCAGAAGAAGAGGGUGCUGCCGGCCUGGAUGCUGCAGGGAGCCCUGGAGGUCAGCAGCCCCUCCACGUCCACAGCUGACAGGAAGAGAGGGCGUGGGGGGAAGGCCCCGCCCCCAGCGGCCACGAAGCCCCGCCCUCAGAAGGCCAGGAACAGACCGGUCUCCUCUGAGGAAGAGGAGGAGGAGGAGGAAGAGCCGGCUCCAAAGAGGAGGGUCAGGAGGCUGAGGAGUGAGGAGGAGGAAGAGGAAGAGGAGGAAGAGGUGGUCCAAUCAUCAUCCAUGGAACGGGCCGCGUCAGGAGCGGAGACCCGCCCGCCCGGGGGGGCCGGCGUCGGCCAAUCGGAGGAGCCUUCGGGAACGGGGGAGGGGCGGAGGAACGCCGGGCCCGCCCCUGAAGGCAGACCCGCGCUGAGGAGGAGAGGAGCGGGGGAGACGGGCGGAGGAGGGGCAGGAGGGAGGCAGAACCAGCGGGCGGGAGCGGGACAGGACGUGGGCAGCGCGGCAGGAGGAGAGGCGGCGGCAGGCGGGGCGGGCCCCUCCCGGCCCAAAACCAGGGCCCCGCCCCGGGCCCCCUGCCCCUACGGGAAGACCUGCUACAGAAGGGUCACCCGCGCUGCGAAUAAACAGAGAUUUCCUCUCUUCAUCCAAACCCUUUACGGAAGAACCCGGUGCACUUCCAGGAGUGCAGUCACCCUGGCAACAGCGACUACGCGGAGGGCGAGGAUGACGAGGAGGAGGAGGGGGAGGAAGACGACGAGCGGCCGGAGUGUCCUUACGGAACCGCCUGCUAUAGGAAAAACCCGCUGCACAGGAAGGAGUACAAGCACACGCAGAACCCAGGUAAACGGGCUGGCCCGGAUGAGGAGGAGGAGGGUGAGGAAGAGGACUGGGAUGAUGACAGCUUCAUCAACGACGACAGCGGGGACGAGGGCUCUGACUACGUCCCCCCGGAGUCUGAGGAUGAGGAUGUACAGAGGCUGAAGAAGGAGGCCCAGGCCUUCCUGAGGAAGAAGAGAUGAGACUUACACACACAGGCAUGCACAGAUAUACACACACAUACUGCACAGACACACACACGCCGCACACACACACACACAUACACAUACUGCGCAGACACACACACACACACACACACACACACACACACACACACACACUGAGGAUGAAGACGUCCAGAGGCUGAAGAAGGAGGCCCAGGCCUUCCUGAGGAGGAAGAGAUGAGACUCACAUGCACUCACUCUCACACACACACGCGCACGCACACACACACACACACACACGCCGCACGCACGCACACACACACACACACACACACACACACACACACACACACGCAGGCAGGCACACACACGCAUACACAUAUCGCACAGAUACACACACACGCAUACACAUGUACACACAUACUACACAGACACAUACACACUCACUCACGCACACACACACGUACGAAUACACAUAAACACACAAACACACACACACACACACAGCUGUUCUGCUCUAUAACCGCUACUUUUGUUCAACUGAAAUAAAACUUGUAAAUACGUUUCACAUUUUUUUCAUUCGGUUAACGAAACUGAGCAGCUUCAUCUCAGCCAUCAACACCCCCGGUGUUUUUAAACUA